AUGCGUGCGGUUCGAUUCCAUGGAGCGCGAGAUAUUCGUCUUGACGAGAUCGAGGAACCUGUAUGCGGGGUUGACCAGGUCAAGAUUCGGCCAGCCUUUGUAGGAAUAUGUGGGAGUGAUCUCCACGAGUACCUGUCCGGGCCUUGCGCCGUACCAGUCACUCCACACCCACUGACUGGUGAAAAACUCCCGACUACUUUAGGCCAUGAGCUCAGUGGAACUAUCGAGGAGGUUGGAAGCAUGGUAUCCGGGUUCAAAGUUGGCGACAGGGUUACUGUCAUGCCGAAUCUCUACGAUGGAACUUGUGUAAGAUGUCAAUCUGGAAAACUUCACCAGUGCGAGAAGCUAGGCUUUAUUGGCUUCAGUGGCAGUGCUGGUGGCCUAUCCGACCAUUUAGUCGUGAGGAAAGAGCACGUUGUCCUGUUGCCUGACUCCAUUCCACUCGAAAUCGGUGCCUUGGUGGAGCCUCUCGCAGUUGCGUGGCACGCAAUCAGCCAAAGUCCUAUCCAGAAAAUGGAUCAAGGGAAGUUGAUAGCACUGGUAGUUGGGGUGGGUCCCAUCGGCCUUGCGAUCGUGCAGGGUUUGAAAGCCCAAGGAGUGGAGACUAUAGUUGCAGCGGACGUAUCCUCAAAGCGCAGAGAAUCUGCAGCGUACUUUGGUGCUACUCUGGUGCUGGAUCCGAUUCAAGCAGACCUUGUUUCACACGUUCGUGGACUUACAAUUGACGGCGGUGCUUCUAUCGCCUUUGAAUGCAGUGGAGUACAGGCCGGGUUUGAUUCAGCUGUCGCAGCUACGCGGUCCGGCGGAACAACGGUCAUUGUGUCUCAAUGGAUGCAAAGAGCAAGCUUUGACAUAUUCGAUGUAAUGCUACACGAGAAACACCUUGUCGGGGCUGUCGUAUACGAAAGGAAAGAUUUUGAAGCUGUCAUCAAAGCAAUUGACUCGGGGAAAAUCCAACCGGGCUCAAUGGUGACCAGCAAGAUCAGAAUGGACCAAGUGGCGGAAAAGGGAUUCAAAGCUCUCAUUGAGGAGAGAGACCUGCAUGUCAAGAUUUUGGUGGAAGUAGGAGACAUCCCACCGUCUGAUGUAUGA